AUGCAUCCAGCUCAGGAGAAGGAGGAUGGUUUGCCUAAAAUGACUCUCUCUACCCAGAGGCUGCGUGUGCCACCUCCAGCAGUACUGAGCAAUCCCAUCCUGGAGAGUCUUUACCUCAGCAGGAACAAGCUCAGGAGCAUCACCAGCACUUCUAAGCUUUGCAACCUGAAGAAGCUGAUACUGUCCAGCAAUGAGACUGUGGACUUUCCCAAUGAAAUCCAGAGCCUGCUCUGUUUAGGGAAGCUCGAGCUGAAUCAGAACCAAACCCGGCUCAUCCCAGAGGAGGUUUUCUCCCAUCCCCCCAGGCUUAAACACUUGCGGCUCAACAACAGCUGUCUCAGUGCCCUCCCCAGGGACCUGGCAGCUUGUCAAGGCAGCCUCCUGUACCCCAACAUCUCCAACAACUUGUCCCGGACCUUCCCCCAGCCUGUCCUGCAGCUGGCACACUUACAGGAGCUCCACGUGCAGGGUAAUGCCCUUCACCCGCUCCCCAAGGAGCUCUUCCAGGGGUGAUCCCUGAAAACAUUCAAGGCCAACGGGAAUCCUCCCUGGGAGCUGUCCAGUGAAGUGUGGGCUGGUGGCAUACAGCAGAUCCAGAACUACUUUAACCAGCUUCAACACUGUUUGGAGCAGGAGGACAAGAGAGUCAAGACCAUGUUGCUGAGGGCCUCGCUGGCGGGGAAGUCCACCAUCUGCAGAAGCCUGAAGCAGGGGCAAACCAAACUGGUGCCCUGGGAAGAACAAACAGUUGGGACAGAGAUCAGCGAGUUCCGGAUUGAGGACUUCAUGUUUCUCUUCUGGGACCUUGCUGGCCAGCUGGAGUACUACAUGGCUCACCACAUGUUCAUCACCCCACAGGCACUUGUCAUCCUUGUCAUCAGUCUCCAUAUAUACCAAACUAACGACAAGGCUUUCAAGGAGCUUGUUGGUUUCUGGAUCAACAACCUGUCCAUGCGCAUCCCAAACUUGGUGGUGCUUCCUGUGGGAGCCCAUGUGGACUGCUGCCGGGAGGAAGAGGUGGAGGAGAAGAGGCGCAACGUCAUGGCCAAGAUUGCAGCGAUGCAGGCAGAGGGAAAAAGCAGCCUCGCUCACUUCAUCAAACACCUGGAGGGCAGUGAGGAGCCCGAGUUUUACGUGGAACAGUGGGAGAGGCUGAAGGAGAUGGAAAGCUGCAUGCUAACCAUGUUGAAUCUAGUGGCUGUCAACUGCACAGAUCACCAUGAUACCGAAAAGCUCGAGGCCACUGUUCUGGACCAUACGAAGAAUGAGAAGGUCUUCCCCGAGGUCGUCCGAGUGCUGCUGCCCAUCUACGAGCAGGUGGAAGCUGCCAUUGUAGAACUGCACUGCGAGGAGAUGGCAGACCAAGGCAUGAUGGACCUCCAGUACCUGCUCAGCAGACUCUAGCAGUGCGAACACCUGGCCAACCUGGGCAGAGAGCUCCUCUAGGUCUUGAGGUUCCUCCACUGCAUCGGGCUUGUUGUGUGGUUUGAGCAAAUCCAGCACCUGGAAAGCACUGUUUUUCUCCAGCCCACCUUCCUAAUAACUAUGUUCAAACUCCUUGUGAGGUACUGCCUUGUCCAGCAGCUCAAGAGCAUCUCCACGGACACACUGACUGGGGAACAGGCCACCGUCAGAGACAGGUCCAGCUGGGUGUGGAACUUCAAGUCAAAGGCGAUGCUGUGCCACCGGGCCGUGUGUGCUUUGGUGAGGCACCAGCUCUGUUUGGAAGGGAUGCAGGACGUCUUUGAGGAAAUCAUGGGACACAGGCCCCACAGAGGGAGGAGGAAGAUCUUCAGCCUCCUGGAGCACUUCGGGCUCUGCCUGGAAGUGAGGCACAGUGAGGUGCUCAACCCACAAGCCAGUGAGUUUGUACCCGGGAAGCCAUGGGGCCAAGGCGAGUCCUGGUACUUGUUCCCGACCUAUCUGAACCAGACCGAAGAGGUCUCUGAGGUCUGGGGAGGAGAUGGCCGCGAGGACCUCCACAUCCGUGCCUACUUCUCACCCGAAAUACGUGAGGGUUUCUUCCAGAGGUUCCAGGUGAAAGCUUGCUCCUACUCCACACGCUGGGUGGCCAAGGCAACCUGCCUGCUUGUGUGCAAUAGCAAACCUCUGCUGAUCAAAGAGAAGAACCAGAGAGCCUGCAGCUGCCUGGCACUUCGGUGCAGAAAGCCAGCAGGAAGGGUAGGUAAGGAUCCUUAUUUCAUGACUCCCAAAUGCAUGCACCCCCGCAGCUCCCCGCUGCCACCUCCAUCUCUCUGGACAGAGUGUCCCAGAAAGCCCUGCCACACAACUGAAGGAGCUCAGGUGGCAGCUGUCCCCAAAAAUGGUGGGACCACCAGUCAGGGCAGAAAGAGGGAAGCCUCUUCCAUUGCCUGGCAUUGUCUUCCAUGGGCAGUGCUGAGGGCAGCUCCUGCUGCUCCUUCCUCUCAGGGCCUUUUCCUCCAUAGGGUGAAGGAAGAUGUAAAAUCCUGUGGGACAUGUGGGAACUGCUUUGGCGCAGAGCUGCCCUUGCCUAAAGUGCCCAGGCAGCUGGAGCAGCCCCCAGUGCAGCCCUCUGCUCACUAUUUUGUGACAAGCUACAGGACCACCACCUUCGGGAACAGCAGCAUCAACCAUCAGGUAAGAAGGCUGCCACCUCCCCUUGACCAGGCUCCAACACUGAUGGCCAGACUCGUCCUCCCUUCCCUCCUGAAAUGAGGGCGUGCAGCCGCUUCCAGCCCGGGCAGGGGACACCCCCUCUUUUGGCAGUGCUCUGGUUACCACACUCCUCCUUGAGGUACCAC